AUGGCUUUUGAAUUUUUCCCCAGAUUAUCUCAAAAUUUUUCUCAAUUGCUUGAAGAUGCAGAUGAUUACAAUAUUCUUAUCAAAGUUGGGGAGAAUCCCAAUACUAAGGAAUUUCACGCACAUUCUAAUAUCUUAAGAUCUCGUUCCCCUUAUUUUAAAAAAGCUCUUUCACAGGAUUUGGUUACAAAGAAUAAAAUGAUCGAAUUUACUAUACCAAAUAUUUCUUCUACUGUUUUUGAAAUGAUUCUUAGGUUUAUGUAUUCUGGUAUACUUGAUUUGAGCAAACAAGUUGGUUCGGAUAUCCUUGAUCUUCUUGUAGCUUCUGAAGAAUUACUUAUGGAAGAAUUGGCUACAUUUGUACAAAAAUCGUUGAUUGAAAAUAAUGCCAAAUGGUUGCGACAAAAUCUCGUCAAAGCUCUUCAUGCAGUUUUUCAACUAGAGAGUUGUAAACAAAUUCAAGAUUAUUGUUUAAAUUUUAUCUGUAAUGAUCCUAUACCAUUUUUAAAUUCAAUAGAUUUUCCAACAUUAGAAAAAAAUAUUCUACUUGAAUUAAUUAAAAGGGAAGAUUUAUUAAUUGAUGAAAUUGAAUUGUGGAAUUUUCUUAUUAAAUGGGGAAUUGCUCAAACUUCAGAAUUGAGAGGAAAAAACAUUUCUAAUUUAGGUAAUUGGAAUAAAAAAGAUUUCAUAGCUUUAAAGAAUACUCUGAAUCAAUUUAUUACACAUAUCCGAUUCUACGACAUUUCUUCAAAAGAUUUUCAUAGUAAGAUUUGGCCUUUUAAGAAAGUGUUACCUAAAGCACUAUUUAAAGAAAUUUUUUCAUUUCAUAUGUUAAAUACUGAGCCUAAUCAAACUAAAUCGGUUCCUCGUUAUAAAAAAAUUUCUGUUGAUUCAAUGAUUAUCAACUCAAAACAUGCGGCUAUCCUCACAAACUGGAUUCAAAGAAAGGAUCCUGAUGCGAUAAUUCCAAUUGAUAGUAAAUAUUAUUUCAAUCUUAUCUAUCGUGGUAGUAGAGAUGGCUUUGAUAUCAAUACUAUACGUAGUAAAUGUAAUGGACGAGGACCAUGUAUUUUAAUUAUUAAAACUAAAGAAAAUGGAACUAUAAUUGGCGGUUAUAAUCCUCUUGUCUUCAUAAUAUUUAUUCUGGUUAUUCUGGUUGUUUUGAUAAUAGUUAUUUAUGGUGGUGAUAGUUAUUGUGAUAAUUGUGGUCGUCCUUACAAAAAUUAUGGUUAUGGAGAACCUCAAACUUACAGUUAUAGUUAUUACUGGGCUGUUACUACCGAAAGUUUUAUUUUUUCCUUAGGUAAUGGAAAUGAUUUGAAAAAUUUGACGAUUAGUCGAGUUGUAAAUGGAAAUAAUGCAAUAUAUGAAGCGAAUUAUCAAAAUAUGGCGCUAAAUUUCGGUAAUUCCGAUUUGGUUAUUAAUAAUGAUUCUGGUACAUGCAAUCAAGAUCAAUAUGAAAGUAAAAUUUUAGAUAUAAAUAGUUUUACUAUUGAGGAAAUGGAGAUUUUUGUACUUUAA